UGCUGGACUCAGACCUUGAUUCAUUUACAGCGCCCCUGACAUUCAGCAGCAGCAAUAACCCGGACUGGCCGCGAACAGGAGCCGAGACUAAAGGAGACAGAGGGACGUGUUCACAAGCAGCAACACACACAUACACACAAACAGAAGACAGAGAUCCGGUACGAUUCCUCCACCCCUACAAAAUAUAUUGGGCUACGAUUUAAAGUAAAGGCAAUCUUCUGACAACAAGUGGAACAUGGAGUGUGUUCAGGUGGCCAAAGAGGCCGAAAUGGUGGAAAUUAUUCCAAAUGGCAAUCAUGUGGAAGAUCUGACUGUACCGAUCAAAAUGCAAUCUGAGGAGGACAGGUACGAAGAUAAUGAAGGAAACUCGGCAGAGUGCGAUGAAUUCUUGCCUCACUCAGAUGCUGAGAAGAAACCGACUCGCUUCACAGAUUUUGAUGGGAAAACCUCAUUUGGAAUGUCAGUUUUCAACCUGAGCAAUGCCAUCAUGGGCAGUGGUAUCCUGGGCCUGGCAUAUGCGAUGGCCAAUACGGGCAUUGUCCUCUUCCUCUUUCUGUUGACAACUGUGGCCUUACUUUCCUCCUAUUCCAUUCACUUGCUUCUGAAAGCUUCCGGUGUGGUUGGAAUCCGUGCAUAUGAACAGCUCGGUCUGCGGGCUUUUGGGACACCUGGAAAAUUAGCAGCUGCUCUGGCGAUCACUCUCCAGAAUAUUGGAGCCAUGUCCAGUUAUCUCUACAUCGUGAAGUAUGAACUUCCCCUGGUGAUACAGGCCUUUCUGAACAUUGAGGAGAAAACUGGCGAGUGGUACCUGAAUGGAAACUAUCUGGUAAUCAUGGCAUCUGUCACAGUUGUUUUGCCUCUGGCAUUAAUGAAGCAACUCGGCUACCUGGGAUAUACCAGUGGUUUCUCCUUGAGCUGCAUGGUUUUCUUUUUAAUUGUGGUGAUCUACAAGAAGUUCCAGAUUUCCUGCUCAUUUGGUAACAUCCAUGCAAAUAGUUCCCUUCUGGACAAUGUCAACUAUGGCAAUCUUACCAGCUACAACAAUAGUGAUGUUCACAAAGUCGCUGAGGAACAGUGCACCUCUCAGCUGUUUACCAUGAACUCUCAGACUGCAUAUACCAUUCCCAUCUUGGCUUUUGCCUUUGUCUGUCAUCCAGAGGUAUUGCCCAUCUACACAGAGCUGAAAAACCCCUCCAAGAAAAAAAUGCAGCAUGUGUCGAACAUCUCUAUUCUGGUCAUGUACCUCAUGUAUUUUCUCGCUGCACUGUUUGGGUACUUGACAUUUUAUGACAGAGUUGAACCAGAGAUGCUGCAUACAUACAGUAAGAUUGACCCUUUUGAUACACUAAUUUUGUGUGUCCGUGUGGCUGUGCUGAUUGCGGUAACCCUUACUGUACCCAUCGUACUCUUUCCGGUGCGCCGUGCUAUCCAGCAAAUGCUGUUCCAGAACAAACCCUUCAGCUGGAUCAGACACAUUGUCAUUGCUGUCUGCCUUCUUACUUUGAUCAACCUACUGGUUAUCUUUGCACCAAACAUACUUGACAUCUUUGGAGUUAUUGGUGCGACCUCUGCCCCAUGUUUAAUUUUCAUCUUCCCGGCUGUCUUCUACAUACGGAUAAUGCCAAAAGAAGAAGAGCCAAUGAGGUCACUUCCAAAAAUCCUGGCUGUUUCCUUCGCUGCCCUGGGCUUUGUCUUCAUGACCAUGAGCCUGAGCUUCAUCAUCAUCGACUGGUCUAAUGGGAGCGGCGCCGUCAAUGGAGGCCACUAGGACAACAGAGUGCCUCGCUCACUGAGAGCCAAGUGCCCCCCUCAGCACCCCUCAGCUUCACCCAGCAGGAUAAUCACUGUAGAAAAUUGCCAACAAAUCUGACCCCACUGUAAUAAGACACACACUGCGAGUACUGUACAUAUAUAUAGUUUUGCACACCAGCAAGUUUUAUAUCAUGUAACUGUAUAGUGAUGAAUUGAUGCAAAUACAUUGCAUGGGAUUUUAUAAAACCGCAACAUUUCUAAGUUAUUUUGUAUAGAGGUAGGACAGAGGUGACAUUUUCAGAGUAAUAUUCUAUUAAAUAACUGGCUUAGUAUAGUGUAGGGUCACAGGUAUAGUUGCUGGUACUGAGUUUAGCACCUUGGGUCAACUGAGGGGGGUUGUCGUGUUUAUGUAAUAUAUAUUUUACAUUGUGCUCUUUUGACAUAAAUGAACAUCACACAGGAGUAUCUUAAAAGGUGGUUAGGAGCCUAUUGAAAAACAAUUAAAAAAUUGCCAUUUAUUGAUCCUAUUUUCAAUCGCCCUACUAAAUACUGUGUGCACUUUUUGAUGAAGAUAAAAGCAGUUGACAUACCCAAUGACUAAUUUUUAUAGAAAAUGUUGCUGUUUCAGUAGGUAAGUGCUAAUAAUCAUGAAUCAUCCACGCCUGGCAGAUGCCCCAGUGCAAACCUCUGCCUGAGCUGAGUGAGUAGGUCUCCGCCAGGUCAUAGACUAGUGAGGGGAACAAAAUCAGUCUGGGGCUUCCAAUACUUAGAACCUCGUAACCCAGAGAGUCAAUACUGCAGAUCCUGAAUCAGCUGUUAUUUGUCAAUGCUUACAUAACCCACUGGCUCAUUGGUCACUUGCAUAUAAAGAUACCUUGAAGGUAUCUCACCUGGGUGAGCUAUAAAAAGACUGACAUUACCUAUGAACUUGUAAUUUAACAUGACACUUCUUAAGUUUUUUUUUAUAUUAUUUAACCUAUUUUUCUAAUCAAUUUGUUCAGAGGUGCUAGUACACACCUCUGGAGCUGGUGGGACUUGAAUCCAGGCCCGAGAAUACUUCGCAGAUCAACUGAGUGCUCUAAUUUUGAUCAUUGAAUCUGGAGUAAUGGGCAGAUUGUUCUCUGUUACGAAACGUGUCCCGAUUAAGACCCUACCUUUUGGCCUUCUCUCUCACAGAGAUCACGAGCUGGGCUGCCUAUUCUUUCAUGACAAUAUUGCAAAGCAAUAAGCUGACAGUAGAAGUUUGGAAAACAGAUGGGUCUGUUUAUGGUGGGCCAGUUUGCUAGCAAUGGGACAUUGCCUCACCAGUAGACAUUUUGUGGCUUCUGACCCUGAGAGUCCGCUUUACACAGUUUGUAAAACAUGUCGCGCGCUGCAGUACACACGGGAUUGGGAAACCAUGGUUGCAAUCCUGAAGAUUACUCCUACAAGGUGAAUUAGUUGAGUGACAUACACUGAAUUACUUGCACUCAAGCUAAAGACUCAGAAUCAAAUAAGGAAGUUUCUACACUUGCCUGUGUUACCACCAACCCUACUGUAAUAUAUCCACUGUAGAAUUAAUUGCUGCUAUCCAUCUGGGGCAGUGCCCGACAGAGAAAAGACACUGCGGAUUGGAGAGAAAGGUCAAUCCUAUUUAAGACUAUUUUGUUGGCAAACCAGGUGGAGGAGGAAAGCAGGAAGGCUAAUUUCCUACUGUCGUCAUGCAUUACUGCAGUUGUGAAGGUAGUUCCCUGCUAGAAGCAGUGAACAGGACAAAUAUGUUCCAUGCCCUAUGUGGCACUGGGAGCACAGUGUGGGCCACUCUUUCAAGGUGGUCCAACCCAUCAGGAUGGUGGAGCUGCUUUUCCACUUAGCCAGUGGCAGAAUGCCAACUGAUUGUAGGAUAUAGAGAUGGGAGAGUGAAUGAAACAGUUAACAUUAAAGAUCAAAAGAAAUUCUAAAAAAAAAGAUGACUUUUUAUUAAAUAAAAACAUUAAUGAAAAUGCUGGGGGUGGGAGGUCAUCCUCCAACAUUUAAUAAUUUAGUCUGAUGUCUGUGUUUUAAUAAAUAAAUAAAAUGUCUCAUUCUUCACAGGGAACCUAACUGUGAACUUUUAACCCAGUGCGUGUGCAGAAAAAUGGCUACUGGACAGUUAAUACUGAUCUUGUUUGCUGGUUUGGAAAUAUCCCAGCACUUUUAUAAAAUAAUAAUUCUGGGGGCAAAGAAUUGAUUUAUUUUGUGACAAUAUUGUCAAUGGCUUUGAUUAAAUGAAAGUGGGUUUUAUUUUUGACUCGUAGUCCUAUGCAAUAUUAAUAGUGGUGGGUGGAAAUCUCCAGUAACCUUUGCUCUGAAGCUUUAAGGAUUUAUUUUGUUAGAUUGCAUUGCUCAUGUUUAGAAAUGAGGCUUAUCUGUCAGAUUUCUUGACACAAUAUUUAUAUUUUAUUAAAUGUGUAAUUGAAUUUUAAUUUAAUAGAAAAUAAAAAGGAUUAAAGAUUUUUAAUAUUUUACAUUUGUGUAGCAGUGGAAAAGCCUUAUAGAGCUGUACCUGGGUGUGUGAACAAACCUAUGUAUGUUUUUGUAGAUGACUGUUUGAUAAAUUACACAAAAUACUUGUCUGGUACUAAUCCUGUGCAUUACCCUGUAAAUUGUAAUGCUAAAUUUUGUUGAAUGUGCAGUAAUCCACUGGUGUAUCAGGGAGGAACUAAUAUACAUGAUAUGGUCAAGAUUUGCAAGAUCCACUUACCCAUCUCACCUCAACAAACUAGUUCAGUUUUUGUAAUACAUACAAGAGAUCCAACGCAUUAGCCAAUAAAUAUGCCUUAGGCCAUUUGUUUAUGGCCUACCUAUGUAUCAAGCCCAUAUUCUUAAAUUCUGCAAUGUGUAAGGUCAUUUGCUUCCUUUUCUUCAGUGUGCCAGACUCUGUAUUCCUCUUCCUGGUGCCCACCUAAUCCUAUCCUUUUUGCCGUUCGGCAUUUUGAUUAAUUUUGAUCCUUCAGCAUAUUGCAUUCUCGUUUUGUGAUUCAGCAUGUUACUCAGACUCUUGUCUGUCAAUUCAUUCAGGUUUGUCUCAGUGGUUAGCGCUCACCCCUGUACCAAAAGAUUGUGAGUUUGAGCUUCACUGUUGCAUAAUAUUUCAGCAUAAUGUUGAGGGAGUGCAACACUGUUGGAGUUGCUGCCUUCUGUAUGAGACAAUACAUUAAGAACCCAACUACCCUCAGCUGCAAUUAUUAAUAAGAAAGGUUAUCUGGUCAUUAUCAGGUUGCCCUUUGUUGCCCUUGCCCCAUACAACUUGGCAGCUGUGCCUCUCUGGUUACAAUAUUAACUGUACAUCAGAAGUGGUUAUAAAGGUCUUGAUAUUGAAAAGGUUCUGAGCUUGCACAAUAUAAAUAUAACUUAUUCUUUUACCACACUCUCAAUGGUUUGUAAUUCCUACCAGCUGAAUCCCUUCAAGUAUGCUAUUGUCAUGCUAUCAGUUCUCAGUCCUUCAUUGCAUCAUUCCAUUCUCCCCUGCUGUUCAUUAUGCUGGUUUCAUGUCCAUACUAAUGCAGCCACAAACGUUUUCUCUGCAGCCAACCAGCUUCUCAUUCUAUUUUUCGACUUACUUUCCUCUGAUGAUAUUCAUCAAGUAUUUUUUAACAGUCUAAUCGAAAGCAGGAGACCUUCUCUGACUUAAAAAGUGGACAUUACCCUGUUCCUUUGGAUUACCCCCACCAUCCCUUCAACUGGCUUCCCCUAUGAGCCAGAGGUCCCAUAUAUUUUGUUCUGGAGCCAAAGAGUUUCAGUCAAUCUGUGGUCACCUCAUUAUUGUACUUGGGAUUGAGAUAGUUGUUAGGCUUAUUUGAAUCUUCAACUUAACUCCUUAUUGACAGGAUUUCAACAUGGCAUCACAUAACUGCUCGGUGAAACUCUGAGGGAAUAGGUGCUGAAAUGAGGUUUUUCAACUGGAGAAGUUGAAACAGGCAUUUAUGAGGAUAAGCUUUUGAUGGAGACUCAUGGAGAACUACAGUAGCCCAGCACAUUGCUGAAAAGAGACCAAUUUCAAGUGAUCUCAACCUUGACAACCCAAUAGGACUCUUCUCCUGUUGUCUAAUUGUCAGAAUUGCUAGAAAUGUGGUAUUCUUGCAUUUGUCCUGAUGAGUACAGGAUGAAAACCUUCUGCAACACAUCUCUCUUUUCAGCAACAUUUGAACUGCCAAGUAUUAUCAAAACACAGUUUUGUAGAAUAGGCAGGAGACGGUGAAUCUCAUAGAAACAUGUAAAACUUCAACAAGACCAGACAGGAUAAACAUGAGAAGGAUGUUCCCAAUGACUGGGGAGUCCAGAACCAAGGGUCACAGUCCAAGGGUAUGGGAUAGACCAUAUAGGACUGAGAAUGGGAGAAAUUUCUUCACCCAGAAAGUAGUAAGCCCAUAGAAUUCUUUGCCACAGAAAGUAGUUGAAGCCAAAACCUUGAAUAUUUUCCAGGAGUUAGAUACCGUUCAUCAGGCUAGAGGAAUCAAAGGGAGGACACAAGAAAUCAGUUAGAUGAUCAUCCAUUGAUCAUAUUAAAUGGCACAGCAGGAGCAAGGAGUUGAAUGGUGUACUCCUGUGCUAAUUUUCUUUGGGAAGUCAUGACUGACAGACCAGAUCCCUCAGUUGCUAAGUAUAGUAACCACCAGAAGAUUUCAAGUGUUUGCAGUUUCUGUUCACAACUGGAAAGAAAAGAAUGUUAAUAUUUAGUAAAUACAGCUUGUGUGUUGAUUUGUGACCAUAUGCAAAAACAAAAAUGUGUCUAUUUUAAAAGAAAUGCUUCUUUCAACGUUUUGCUAAACUGACAGGGUAUUGUUGAUUUAUGUGUUUCAUAAAAUAGUGACAUUUUUGUUAGAUAAUGGGGAGAAGGAAAAACUUGCAAAAAUGUAUUUUAUCGCCUCCUUCCGUCUUGAGUUAAGUCUGCUUUUUGAAACCUGGUCAUUCUGUAUCUGUUGGUUUUCAGUGGAUCUGUAUUGUAUAAAAAUAAAAAAGUAUAAAUAUUAAA